AUGAAAAUAGGAAUUAACAAGGCAGUCCCUAGGUUUGGGCUUAAGAACUUCUCUCUCAAAAGAGUCUUUCCUCUUAUUGAGCAGAACCUUUGUCCGAAGAUAUAUUCGUUUUCUGUCGGCGUUGAUCACAACUCUUUCGGUGUGGUUGUGAGUUUGAUUAUGGAUCUGGAAAAAGCUCUUCAAAAGAUGUCAAUUUCAGAUGAUAAACCUCUGAUCCUCUCUAAUCAACCAAAGUUCUGUUCAAGCGAAAGAAAUAGCUGUAGUAUCUUGGGUAGAUUUCUGAAUCCUGAGAAUCAAAGGAUGUCUAAUUGGAUAUUAGACAUGCCAAGAAUUUGGAGGUUAUAUGACAGGGUGCGUGGUGUAGCUCUAUCAAAAGAUAAGUUUCAAUUUUUCUUUAAGUCUGAAGAAGAUUUAGAAGGAAUUUUGAAACAAGGAGUUUGGACUCAAGAUGAUUGGUGUGUAGUGAUGGAGAAAUGGAUCGAGAAACCUCCAGAUGAUUAUUUGAUGUUUCUACCGGUUUGGAUACGUCUUCGUAAUAUUCCUGUUAACUACUACACCAAAGACACGAUUCAAGAGAUUGCAGAGUGUGUGGGACAAGUCUUGCAAGUAGUGUUUGAAUUGGAAAAAUCGCAAGUUCAAGACUAUGUUAGGGUGCGUGUUUUGUUAGACGUUUCAAAUCCUUUGCGUAAUUCUAAAGAAGUACAGUUGCCAUCAGGGGAGAUUGUUUUAGUUUCUUUUGAUUAUGAAAGGAUUAGGAAAAGAUGUUUUGAAUGUCAAAGACUAACUCAUGAUAAGAAUAGAUGCUCUUUCAAGCAGUCAAUUCCGAAAAAGCUUUCCUCUUUGGUUUCCAUGGAUCAAGAUAAAGCGAAAGGGAUCGCUUGGAAAGACAUAGAGCAACCUAAGGUAAAGACAUCGAUGAAUAAAAAAGUAAUGGCUGAUGCGAUGAAAAGCUCUCCCAAGCAAAGUAAUCUUGUGUUAUCAAAAUCAGUUGAUGAAGAGGAAUCAGAGGAUUUGUCAGACUUGGAUCUUUUUGUCGGCUUUACAACUGGAAGUUUGGAGGCUAGUUCUUCGGGAACAAUUUCAACAGAGAAAAACAAGAGGAAGAUCCAAACUUCAUGGUCUAGAAAAGCUAAAAAGAUCAAAGAGCUACCUAUGAAAAAAAAGGUUAGUGAUAUACACUCUAAAGAGCAGUUUGAUAAAGUUUUUAAAAGGAAAAGGCUGUCAACAGAAAAAGCUUCUACAAAGGGUAUCAAGGGAGAUAACAAUACGGUGGUUCCAUGUGAACCGCCGUUGGAUCAGUAA